AUGCUUCCACGUUCUCAUCCUCUUGGCAAAUUAGGUGAAACUGUGGCAGAUUUGUAAUCCAUUGAAGUGGAAGGUAAUGGUUGGAAAUAAAAGUACAAGCCAGAUCACCUUCACAAUGCAGAAAGAGAUAUGAGGGGACAGGGUUAGUCAGUGCAGUGCAGCACAGUUUGCGGACCAAUUCAUCAUCAGUAUUAAUAUUCAUAAUCAUGAAUUCAUUAUGAAUAGACACGUAACUAACUCAUCAGGUCUUUAUAUGAAUUCAUGUGCUAUCCAUGCACUAUAUGUGUCAUAUUCAUGUCCAUUCAUGUCCUAUUCAUGUGAUUUAAUACAGUAUUUUAUUGAUUGUGUUUCAGAGCGGGGCUCCCAGGGCCAGCUAGACCUGACCGAGCUGAUCGGCGUUCCUCUCCCCCCAUCGGUUUCCUUCAUCACGGGGUUCGAGGGCUACCCGGCCUACAGCUUCGGGCCCGACGCCAACGUGGGCCGCCUCACCAAGUCCUUCAUCCCCGACCCCUUCUACCACGACUUUGCCAUGACCGUCACCGCCAAGCCCACCACGCAGCGCGGUGGGGUCCUCUUCGCAAUCACUGACGCCUACCAGCGGGUGGUGCACCUUGGGGUGGCGUUGAGCCCUGUGGAGGAUGGGUCUCAGCGGGUGGUUCUCUACUACACCGACCCGGGUGUUGGGAGGACCCAGGAGGCGGCCAGCUUCAAGCUGGGUGACCUGACAGGGCGGUGGGCCCGCUUCACGCUGACUGUGCAGGGGGCGGAGGUGCGCCUCUACAUGGACUGUGAGGAGUACCACCGUGUGGCCUUCCAGAGGAGCCCGGAGCCCCUCACCUUCGAGGCCAGCUCGGGCAUCUUUGUGGGCAACGCUGGUGGCACAGGGCUGGACAGGUUUGUGGUGAGUUGACGGGUGGGGUUUUGUUUUUGUGGUGUUUUUGCAAGCUUUUUUUGUGUUAGUGUGGAGGGGGGGUGGGGGGUUAUUUUAUAUUGAUUAGGCCUAUAGUGUGUUAGUGUUAAGUGUCCUCUGCUUGGUUUUCAUGCUCGUGUGCAUGGUUGCUGUGUGGCUGUUGGGCAAUGCAAGCAUGGCGCAAAGCAUUUAGAGUGGCGCAUUAUGCAUUUUGGAACGUACUGUAGCUACACACUUGAUGCCAGCCAAGGCCUCAGCCUUUCCAGGAUGAAAUCAGAUCUCACUCUGAUUCAAAUGUUCUGAUUCCAUAAUGAUUUUCCUCAGCGCUACAAUGAUUCAAUUGAGCGUGUGCCCCAAACCCAACAGUAAUGAAUCCCAAAAUGGAGUGUUCAGAAGUGGUCAUAGUGAGUGACAGCUGAUGGCAUCAGGUUUGAUCAUCAGGGCUCGCCACAGGGCUGGCAGCAUGGCUCGCCUCCAUAGGCUUUGAACGACUUCACUGUCGGUUGUCUGGGAAAGAGACAGUAGGGUGAGUCAGUGUGGAGAACUUGACUAGGAGCUGGGCUCACCACUUCUGCUGGUCAGCCAUUUUUAAGGCAUGAAAAACAUGACUGUAAACCCUGAUGCAACGUAAUGAAAAUAGCAAAGGAUAGAGGACUGAAUGACCUAAGAUGUUUAUAAGAUAUACAAUAAAUGCUAUAAAUUAUGGAAUGACCGUAUCGUGCAACAAACCAGUGUUUACUUAGCUGGAGAGUGUUUACUUAACUCUGAAUUUGUUGUCAAAUGAUUAGAUGAAGAGAAAAUUGACAUUGCUUAACCAGUUUUCAGUCAGACUGUGACUCGAACCCGGCUCUUCUGCGAGCCACAAGACUGUGUUAUCCCAUUGACCUAAAGCCUAGGCAUUACAAUGCAGCUUACAAUGCACUAGGGCACUGUAUUGCAGUGCUAGCUGUGCCACUAGAGAUCCUGGUUCGUAUCCAGGGUCUGUCGUAGCCGGCCGUUACCGGGAGACCCAUGGGGCGGCGCACAAUUGGCCCAGCGUCGUCCAGGGUAGGGGAGGGAAUGGCCGGCAGGGAUGUAGCUCAGUUGGUAGAGCAUGGUGUUUGCAACGCCAGGGUUGUGGGUUCGAUUCCCACCGGGGGACAGUAUAAAAAAAUAUUAAAAUAAUGUAUGCACUCACUAACUGUGAGUCGCUCUGGAUAAGAGCGUCUGCUAAAUGACUAAAAUGUAAAUAUAAAAUAACCAAUCAAAUGCUACUUCCACUCCACCAUACCACUACUUAAUGUUGUACUAAACGGAAUGGAUGAACUAAUAAAUCAUUGCCUGCUUCAGUUUUAAAGUGCACCAAAAAGCUUUUGCCAAGCAGCUAUUUUCCUCUCAAUAAAGUUUCAUUGGAGCAAGGUUACAGUUAAAGUUACAGUUAACCUAGGGGAGAAGAGCAGGAAACUAUUUCUGUUCCAACCUGCUUGUUUCAACCAGCACCAGCCUAUCUCUUCUCAAUUAGCACCCGGGAUCAAAACAGACUUCUCACUGAUCAGAGCCUAUCAAAUUAUAAAUCACUCUGUGUUCAUUGCUCAUCUUUCUUUACUCCGCUCUCUUUCUCUUGCUCUGCCAUGAACUUGGCUCCGCCGCGCGUGCGUGCGUGCGUGUGUGUGUGUGCGUGUGCGUGCGUGCAGCCAGGCAGGCAUGGUAGACAAACCAUGCUGGUUUGGGACCAGUGGUCUUCAGUAACAGCCAGUUCUGAUAGUGACUCCCAUGUUUCUUUUAUUUUAGUUUUAAAUAUAUUUAAGCAGAAUAUAAAAUCUUGCUAAGAGACUUUGUGUAACCCUAACGUAAGCAGUAUAUGCUAAGCUACAGGACUGUUUUGCUAGCACAGACUGGAACAUGUUCCGGGAUUCUUCAGAUAGCAUUGAGGAGUACACCACAUCAGUCACUGGCUUCAUCAAUAAGUGCAUUGAUGAUGUCAUCCCCACAGUGACCGUACGUACAUACCCCAACCAGAAGCCAUGGAUUACAGGAAACAUCCGCACUGAGCUAAAGGGUAGAGCUUCCGCUUUCAAGGAGCGGGACUCUAACCCGGACGCUUAUAAGAAAUCCCGCUAUGCCCUCCGACGAACCAUCAAACAGGCAAAGAGUCAAUACAGGACUAAGAUUAAAUCGUACUACACCGGCUCUGACGCUCGUCGGAUGUGGCAGGGCUUGAAAACUAUUACAGACUACAAAGGGAAGCACAGCCGCGAGCUUCCCAGUGACCCAAGCCUACCAGACGAGCUAAACCACUUUUAUGCUCGCUUCGAGGCAAGCAACACUGAAGCAUGCAUGAGAGCACCAGCUGUUCCGGAUGACUAUGUGAUCACGCUCUCCGUAGCCGAUGUGAGUAAGACUUUUAAGCAGGUCAACAUUCACAAGGCCGCAGGGCCAGACGGAUUACCAGGACGUGUACUCCGAGCAUGUGCUGACCAACUGGCAAGUGUCUUCACUGACAUUUUCAACAUGUCCCUGACUGAGUCUGUAAUACCAACAUGUUUCAAGCAGACCACCAUAGUCCCUGUGCCCAAGGACACUAAGAUAACCUGCCUAAAUGACUACCGACCCGUAGCACUGACGUCUGUAGCCAUGAAGUGCUUUGAAAGGCUGGUCAUGGCUCACAUCAACACCAUUAUCCCAGAAACCCUAGACCCACUCCAAUUUGCAUACCGCCCCAACAGAUCCACAGAUGAUGCAAUCUCUAUUGCACUCCACACUGCCCUUUCCCACCUGGACAAGAGGAACACCUACGUGAGAAUGCUACUCAUUGACUACAGCUCAGCAUUCAACACCAUAGUGCCCUCAAAGCUCAUCACUAAGCUAAGGAUCCUGGGACUAAACACCUUCCUCUGCAACUGGAUCCUGGACUUCCUGACAGGCCGCCCCCAGGUGGUAAGGGUAGGUAACAACACAUCUGCCACACUGAUCCUCAACACGGGGGCCCCUCAGGGGUGCGUGCUCAGUCCCCUCCUGUACUCCCUGUUCACCCAUGACUGCAUGGCCAGGCACGACUCCAACACCAUCAUUAAGUUUGCCGACGACACAACAGUGGUAGGCCUGAUCACCGACAACGAUGAGACAGCCUAUAGGGAGGAGGUCAGAGACCUGGCCGUGUGGUGCCAGGAUAACAACCUCUCCCUCAACGUGACCAAGACAAAGGAGAUGAUUGUGGACUACAGGAAAAAAAAGAGGACUGAGCACGCCCCCAUUCUCAUCGACGGGGCUGUAGUGGAACAGGUUGAGAGCUUCAAGUUCCUUGGUGUCCACAUCACCAACAAACUAUCAUGGGCCAAACACACCAAGACAGUCGUGAAGAGGGCACGACAAAGCCUAUUUCCCCUCAGGAGACUGAAAAGAUUCGGCAUGGGUCCUCAGAUCCUCAAAAAAUUCUACAGCUGCACCAUCGAGAGCAUCCUGACUGGUUGCAUCACCGCCUGGUAUGGCAACUGCUUGGCCUCCGACCGCAAGGCACUACAGAGGGUAGUGCGUACGGCCUAGUACAUCACUGGGGCCAAGCUUCCUGCCAUCCAGGACCUCUAUACCAGGCGGUGUCAGAGGAAGGCCCUCAAAAUUGUCAAAGACUCCAGCCACCCUAGUCAUAGACUGUUCUCUCUGCUACCGCACGGCAAGCGGUACCAGAGUGCCAAGACUAGGUCCAAAAGACUUCUCAACAGCUUCUACCCCCAAGCCAUAAGACUCCUGAACAGCUAAUCAUGGCUACCCGGACUAUUUGCACUGCCCCCCCCACCCCAUCUUUUUACGCUGCUGCUACUCUGUUAAUUAUCACUUUAACUCUACCCUCAUGUACAUAUUACUUCAACUACCUCAACUAGCCGGUGCCCCCGCACAUUGACUCUGCACCGGUACCCCCCUGUAUAUAUAGCCUCCCUACUGUUAUUUUAUUUUACUUCUGCUCUUUUUUUCUCAACACUUUUUUGUUGUUGUUUUAUUUUACUUUUUUAUUAAAAAUAAAUGCACUGUUGGUUAAGGGCUGUAAGUAAGCAUUUCACUGUAAUGUCUGCACCUGUUGUAUUCGGCGCAUGUGGCCAAUAAAAUUUGAUUUGAUUUGAUAUGUUUUAGAUGUCCCCCUUGAUAGCACCAUUAAUUAAUUAACUUAUCAUCACAACACAAGACCUUCAUGUCUGCUGGCUUUGCAACAGUCACUUGGUUCUAACAGACAUGGUUGUUUAUACAAUAUGAUGGCUUGUGCUGUGAGGAAAACAUUCUGCUUGCUGGGUGCCAGUCUGUUUCUGCUGGAGCCAGCUUGUUGUUAUCCUGCCAAACAGUGUGCAGAAAAGGUUAGUCAGUCUAGCCAAUGCUCCUCAGAUUACAGACAGGCCAUGUGAUAACGUUACUUAUGCUGAUUCAGUCAGGUCUGAGGAAGAGAGAGGUACACUCCCCCUCCUCCCCGUCUGCAGCCAAGAGACAAUCCAGCUUGGCUGAGACAUGGCUCUCUGUGCCUUUGGCCACAUCCCCAUUCUCAUAAAUCUAAGCACACUACUCCCUUCUGUCACAGGGCUGAAUACUCCUACCAUACUAAGCAUACCCUCUAGCUGCUUUUAUAUGUGCCUUCUUUCAUUUACUGUAAAUGUCCCUUUUCUAAAAUAAUGUGUAUUUACAAGUUGCAUUUUAUUGUUCAGCUUUUACUGCUGUAUUUGUGUUUACUUGAUGGUGUCAAAUCUGUUUACUUCACUGUUCUAUUGUUUAUGUUUAUUUGGUUGACUUUCCCUCUCCCCUUGUAUCCUUGUAUGUUGUGUGUUUAUGUCCACAUCCUGUUAGAUUAGUAACAAAUAGCCAAUAGUGGACAUGGAUCAAAACAACACUAUGGGGCGAUACUCUGCAGCUGACCCUGUCCUACUUCCAGCCUCUCCUAUGUACUAUUUGUGUGUGUGGUGUUUGGGGAGUUGGGAUUAACAUAAGACAGCAACAAUAAGAAUAUCAGAUUCACAUUGGACAGUAUAGUUUUAUUCUAUUCUUUUUAUUUUCUCAGUUAUGUCAUCGUAGGGGUGAAAAGCAACAUCAGUAGUCUACAGUAGCAUUACAGCAGUAUUACAGAUCAGGGUGGGAUUCGGCCUCUAGAGCAGCUAUGUUUUUAUUAUCGCCCAUUUGGCACUGGUAUCACACAGAGUGAGCAAUGCACGCAAACACAUACAAUAUACAAUCACACGCAAUCACACAGAUACUGAUCAGUAUGGAUAAUUUGAAUCAGCUAUGUAGUGUUAGGGCAAAAAACGAAACGUGCACCGAGUUUGGGAAAGGCUGGUGUUUAGGGUUGGUCCAUUCUCACUCAGACCAAAGUCCUAUACAUCCACAACCACAUGGCUAGGCCUCGUGUUGGACGUAUUGGUCAAGCUUGCCCGUUCUCACAGCUAAAAUUGUUAUUCUACAGAGAAUGUAAAGUGUUCUUGUGGCUUUUGUUUUUUUCAUCAGUAGUGGAUUGCAUUGGUAUAGAAUGGGUCUUUUAGCAGCUGAACACGAUUGAUGGUAGUGUUUCCUAUUUGGAAGGUUUACUGGGGGCGGCAGGUAGCUUAGUGGUUAAGAGCGUUGUGCCAGUAACUGAAAGGUUGCUGGUUCUAAUCCCUGAGCUGACUAGGUGAAAUAUCUGUCGAUGUGCCCUUGAGCAAGGCACUUAACCCUAAUUGCUCUGGAUAAGAGCGUCUACUAAAUAAAAUAAAUAAAUACUGAUCACAAUGUGUUUAAUUCAACAAAAUUCCUGAUUGUGCUAUACCAUACUCUUCUCACGUCUUUUUUCUACUUGACAAUUAAGAUUGAUCUCAGAAAAGCUCAUUAAACUUUGAUGGAAUCAGAGCUCGCUGUUGCGUGGCACAUUUGUUGUUUAUCUGCAAACUCUGUUUACAGCAUUAACAGAUGGACUUGAUUUGAUUUACCCAGAUUGAUCCUGCCUCUCGUCUCCCCUCCUCUCCUCUCUUAUGGAUUAAAAACAGGUGUUUGUCCUCUGGAUAGAACCCAUAAACAGAUUAACCAAGCAUGCCUUUGUCCAUUUGCAACCCUCCUGUCACUCAUUGUUAUUGUUAGAGUGGGAUCUAUGUUCUGUUAGAGCUAUAGCAGUUUAAAGGUUGCUUGUCUUGAACAGUUCUUGCCAGUAAGACGAGAGGCACCUGUUCACCAUACUUAAAAUGCUUAUUUCAAUUUCAGUAAAACGUUGUGGAAUGGUAUUACUGAUGGAGAGUGAGAGUGGUCAUGCAUUUGAUGUGUGUGUGUGUGUGUGUGUGUGUGUGUGUGUGUGUGUGUGUGUGUGUGUGUGUGUGUGUGUGUGUGUGUGUGUGUGUGUGUGUGUGUGUGUGUGUGUGUGUGUGUGUGGACGUGUUUAACUGUUCUUGUGGGGACCAGAAGUCCCCACAAGAGUAGUAAACGAACAAAGAGUUGACCAACUGGGAACAUUUUGUUAGUCCCAAUGAGGUCAAAUGCUAUUUCUAGGGGGUUUAGGGUUAAGGUUAGAAUUUAACGUUAAGGGUUAAUGUUAUGAGCUAGGGUUAGGGUUAGGGUUAAGGUUAGGUUUUUGGGUUAAGGUUAGGGUUAGGGUAAGAGUACGGGUUAGGGUUAGGGGUUAGGGAAAAUAGGAUAUUGAAUGGGACUGAAUUGUGUGUCCCCACAAGGUUAGCUGUACAAGACUGUGUGUGUGUGCGUGCGUGCGUGCAGGGGCACAAGGGUUUAUGCAUUUACUGUGAGUGUGUACACUAGUGUUAUUAUGACUUACCAUCUCCCCCCUCUUUCUCUCCCUCUAUCCCCACAGGGUUCUAUUCAGCAGCUGGUUCUGAAGGGGGACCCCACAGCCCCAGUUGACCAGUGUGAAGAGGAUGACCCCUAUGUGAGUGUGUCCCCUCAAUCCCAAUACUCUACCUUAAAGGACAAUUCCACCCAAAAACUAUCUUUUGGUAUUUGGUUCAUUAGUCCAUUGUUGAUAUAGUCCCAAAAUGUUUUCAAGAUAUAUAACUUUCCAAAUACAGCUGGUAUGAUAAGCACUAAUAGGUAGGACUGGGUAGGUUUCCACCAUACAACUAUUACCUAUGAAACAUUUUCAAAGGUAAAGUAAAGUAAAGAAUGCAAUGAGAGGCUAUUUAAGGCUAUUGGAACAGUAUUGGUGUUUAACACCAGAGACACUGGUAAAGUACUAUACAUGGGCUAGGCUAGCUACAAGGUUCACUGAUAUCCUCAAAGCUUGAGGUAGAAGUUGCCUCUAACCUGUGUCCUAGGAUCAGAUGACUCCACCCCCAAUACUAAAACUAUGAUGAAAAUUUAAAAUCUGACCCUGAAUCAGUGGUAAUGGGCUGAACUACUACCUACUCCAUCCUUAAACCUGAGACAGGCUCAUGAUGAAUGGGCUCAUCCCCCCCUCUUGUGGUUGUGAGAGAGCAUCACAGGGCUGUGUGUUAAAUAAAAUAAAAUAAAAUAAAAUAAAAUGUUAUUGGUCACAUACACGUGUUUAGCAGAUGUUAUUGCGGGUGUAGCGAAAUGCUUGUGUUUCUAGCUCCGACAGUGCAGUAUAUCUAACAAGUAGUAUAUAACAAUUUCACAAGAUAUACCCAAUACACACAAAUCUAAGUAAAGCAGUGGAAUUAAGAAUAUAUAAAUAAAUAUGUGGACGAGCAAUGUCAGAACGGCAUAGACUAAGAUACAGUAGAAUAUUAUAGAAUACAGUAUAUACAUAUGAGAUGAGUAAUGCAAGAUAUAGAAACAUUAUUAAAGUGACUAGUGUUCCAUUUAUUAAAGUGGCCAGUGAUUUCUGAUCUAUGUAUAUAGGCAGCAUCCUCUAAUGUGCCAGUGAAGGCUAUUUAACAGUCUGAUGGCCUUGUGAUGGAAGCUGUUUUUCAGUCUCUCAGUCCCAGCUUUGAUGCACCUGUACUGACCUCGCCUUCUGGAUGAUAGCGGGGUGAACAGGCAGUGGCUCAGGUGGUUGUUGUCCUUGAUGAUCUUUUUGGACUUCCUGUGACAUCGAGUGCUGUAGGUGUGUUAGAGUCUGGUCUGCCGUCUGCAGGGGUGGCAGGUAGCUUAGUGGGUAAGAGAGUUGUGCCAGUAACCGAAAGGUCGCUGGUUCUAAUCCCCGGGCCGACUAGGUGAAAAAUCUGUCGAUGUGCCAUUAAGCAAGGCACUUAACCCUAAAUGCUCCUGUAAGUCGCUCUGGAUAAGAGCGUCUGCUAAAUGACAAAAAAAAAUUAAAAAAUGAUUCAUUAGCUUGUGUUGCACUUAACACCAGAUGUUUUGGUUGAGUUGAUUUCUUUGUAUUUUCCCCCCUCUGUUUUUAUCUCUGUUUUUAAAUAUUUCCACAUGCAUAAGCCUGAGUUAUUGCUACUUGGAAAAGCAUUAGAUAAUUUGCUUGCGAUUGAAUAUGAAAAAAAAAGAGAUUGCAAAGUCAUAUCAUAACUUAAAUGUUAUGUUAUGACAAGGUUGUUACUAGAGUAAUUCAAUUGUUAUGCUCUUUCAGGCAUCUGGGUAUGGGAGUGGAGACGACUCCUUCGAUGACACAGAAACUAUGGAUGAAGUGAAGAAGGUAGUGGAGGAGAGAGAGUACACCAUGGUGAGUGACCGACACAUCAGCGGCAACCGUGACCACUGGCUCACCCUUCUCGCCUUGCAAACACACACACACACACACACACACACACACACACACACACACACACACACACACACACACACACACACACACACACACACACACACACACACACACACACACACACACACACACACACACACACACACACACACACACACACACACACACAGACCCAACCAUGUAUGGUAUAUAAACAUGUAGACAUUUUUUAUCACACUCUCAUAAACCCACAAGGAUAGUUUACGAAAUACUUCAAUUCAAACGUCAACAAAAUGUACACCUUCUAAAUCCAUACUUCCACAGUGUUUUUACAGUACAUCCAGAAUCAAAGGGCCUGGGAUCAAUCCAAUUAAAAAAUGUAAUCCUAAUAGGGCCAGUUAGGUGGGAGACGUGGAUAUAUGCCGUUCCUCCUGCCAGGUCCUCUAUCUGAGAAAUGCUGUUAGUUCAGCCAGAUCUGGCCUGAUGUUCUUGGACCAUGUCUGGGAAGAAAACAUUUCCUCUUCUGAAUGCAGCUGCUUUCUGACACAUCUGUGCUCCUCCCCCAUAUCUCAACACAGCCAUUUAGAUAAGAACACGUUGGUUAUUCCCAGAGAUGGAAAUUAAGCUAGCUCGUUUGAUAUAGAGUGUAUUAGAAAAGGUCAGAGUGAGUUCUGCAUCCAAAAACAUGUUACUAUCUGUCUCACUCCCACUCCUCUAUUGCAUCCCUCUGCCCGUUUGGAGUGAGAUGUCUUGGUCUUUAGCUUGGACAUUUUAAUGCCUCAAAAAUGAUCUAAAGUUGACAGACACAUCCCAUGCUAUAUGUCGUGGAGAUCAUGCUUUGUUGACAAGAUAAUAUACUGGCGCCGUCUAACUAUCCCUUGAACACUGCCUUCCAUCAUCUUUUCAGUGCAUUGAACUUUCACAUGGACACCAAGGAGUUUCUCUUCCAAUAUCCCAUUAGCUUUUUCUCUCCCAUUACAUUUACAUUUUAGUCAUUUAGCAGACGCUCUUAUCCAGAGCGAGUUACAGUUAGUGAGUCCAUAAUUUUUUUUCUCCAUACUGGCCCCCCGUGGGAAACGAACCCACAACCCUGGCGUUGCAAGCGCCAUGCUCGACCAACUGAGCUACAACUGAGCUACACGGGUUGGAUAUGAUCUGAAAGAAUGUGAUGAGUUCAAGUGUUCAGUGGGAGAGACCACACAAUGUGCAGGUCAAUGGUAAUUUUCUAGGACACUUCAGGGAAGCAUACUUCUAAGUACAAGGACAGUAGUAACCCCACUUUGAAGCACCACAUGGUUGUGGCUAGUUAGUUAGGCUUCACACUAUCAGGGUUACUUACCUCUCUCUCUCUCGCUCUCUCUCUCUCUCUCUCUCUGUCUCUCUCGUGGUCUCGCUCUCUCUCCCCCCUUCUCUCUUGUGGUCUCUCUCGCUCUCACUCUCUCAGGUAUUCUGCCACUGUGUGCACUCUGUUUAGGGCCAAAUAGCAUUAUAGUUUGCUCUUUCUUUUUGUUAAUUCUUUCCAAUGUGUCAAGUAAUUAUCUUAUUGUUUUCUCAUGAUUUGGUUGGCUCUAAUUGUGUUGCUGUCCUGGGGCUCUGUGGGGUCUGUUUGUGUUUGUGAACAGAGCCUCAGGACCAGCUUGCUUAGGGGACUCUUCUCCAGGUUCAUCUCUCUGUAGGUGAUGGAUUUGUUAUGGAAGGUUUGGGAAUCGCUUCCUUUUAGGUGGAUAUAGAAUUUAACAGCUCUUUUCUGGAUUUUGAUCAUUAGCGGGUAUCGGCCUAAUUCUGCUCUGCAUGCAUUAUUUGGUGUUUUACGUUGUACACGUAAAGGAUAUACUCUCUCUCCCCUUCUCACUCUUGCGGUCUCUCUCUCUCAUUCUCUCUCCACUUCUCUCUCCUUUUCUCUCACUCUCUCUGUGUGUCUCUGUCUCUCCCUCAUUAUCUUGUUUCCUGUCUCUCUCAUUCUCUCUCUCUCUUUCCCUCUCUUCUCGCUGCCUCUCCCUCUCUCUCUUGUGCCAUCUGUCUCUCUCUCUUCUCUCUCCUUUUCUCUCUCUCUCUCUGUCUCUGUCUCUGUCUCUCCCUCAUUAUCUGUUUCUGUCUCUCUCCUCCUCAUUCCUCUCCUCUCCCCUCUCUCGUCUUUCCCGAUCUCUCCCAAAAAAAAAAACGUGCCUCUCUCUCUCCUCUCUCUCUCUCUCUGCCUCUCUCUCUCCUCUCUCUCUCUCUCAUCUCUCUCUCUCUCUCUCUCUCUCUCUCCCCUUCUCUCUCUUGCGGUCUCUUUCCCUCUCUCUCUCCGUCUCCCUGUCUCGCUCUCUCUCUCUCUUGGGUUAGACUCAGGAUGGGUGAUUUGGCUGCUAAACCUCACUCUGUUCCAGUAUGGGUCCAUGGUAUGCACUGACCUCUGGCUAAUGAGUGUUGGGUGUGUGCGUUGUGGAGUAGGAUGAAGUUGGCCCAAAUCACUGAUCUAGGGUCAGUUUUCUUCCCUAAUGGGGAAAGUUAGGAUUUUCUGAGGGAAAACUGGUCCUAGAUCUGUGCCCAUGGGUGGCUUCAUCCGGGAGCAUAGGAUGUACUGAGGCAGGGGAGAGUAUCUCUGGCAUUCCAAGUGUGUUUGUGGAUCCGGUCCCAGCCUUUUCUUGCAUAGCUGGUUUGGCAGGGCUCCUGGUCCGUCAGCCCACGCACAAACACAUUCAUACACACAUAUGCAUGCUCACACAUACAAAUACAAACAUAAACACAUUAACACACACACACACACAAACACACACAAACACACAUACACAUAAACACAUGUACCCAUCCAUAAGCUGUGAGCCAGAGAAGGAGAGGAAACACACCAUGCCCCCUACCGGAAAAUAGUAUGAAUUAGGCAGUUUGAGAAGAUUUGAAUCCCAAGCAACCUGCAUACACAUUGUUUGAAAUACAAUAGACCAACAUAGCUACUGUAGUAGGUCAAAGCUGUGUGCUGCAAAACCUUGGUAGAGCAUGGGUGAAGUAGGCCUGGUGGCGCUCAUGUGAAUCAAAUUACAUCAAAUGAUUUUACAACACCACAGUAUUGCCACAGUUGUAAAUGUGUAGUUUUAAAUGUUUACAAUUACCAUUUCAUUACUACAAUGACUAUUUUAUAUAUUUUAUACAGCCACCCCCAAGUUCAGACACUUAAAUCAAUUUUAGGCACACAAUACCAUACAGUUAUUGCAUAAUCCUAACAGGGUGGAACCUAACAGCCUAAAUUAGCCAUCGCUCUGUGGGGGAUUGAGAUUAAGAUAGCAUAAUGGUAAACACUUCAAGAGGAUUUAAGUUCUAAAAUGAAAUGCAUUUUGACAUUUUAUAAAUGUUCUCUAUAAUUUAGCCUAACAGGGUGGAAAUGUAUGAGUGAGACAAACAGACUGAAACAUGGAAAAAUAGAUCAAACCGAGUGUUUAUGUUUAUUUAGCUUUGCACCAUUGUUUUCCCACCAAACAAAUAAUGGCACAUCCUGAAGGUGAUGUCAUUGUGGGAAGGGGAAGUUUUCUUAAAGGAGAAUUACUACAACCUAACAGGGUAGAAAGUAAUAGUAGGGACACACAGAAAGUGUUAAAUACAAUAAUAAUAAAUACAAUAAUCAUGAGAAAAAAAACAUUUUGAUCAGAGAAAUUUUAACUUGGACAAUAAAAUAAUGAAGAAAGAUUUUUAAUAUUUUAUUAUUUUAUGGCUUAUAUUUAUCAUAGAUGUUGAUGAAUAACACCCGGGGGCAUGGCAAAAACGCCUAAAAAAGUAUCUUUCAAAAUCCAUAUUUUUUUGUUUUUAAGGUAAAGGACACCUGACAUUUAGCAGACGCUCUUAUCCAGAGCGACUUACAGUUAGUGAAUACAUAUUUUUUUUAUACUGGCCCCCCGUGGGAAUCGAACCCACAACCCUGGCGUUGCAAACGCCAUGCUCUAUCAACUGAGCUACAUCCCUGCCGGCCAUUCCCUCCCCUACCCUGGACGAAUUGUGCGCCGCCCAUGAGUCUCCCGGUCGCGGCCGGCUGCGACAGAGCCUGGAUUCGAACCAGGAUCUCUAGUGGCACAGUUAGCACUGCGAUGCAGUGCCUUAGACCACUGCGCCACUCAGGAGUACAUGGCUUUACACUACCGUUCAAAAGUUUGGGGUCACUUAGAAAUGUCCUUGUUUUCGAAUGAAAAUAACAUCAAAUUGAUCAGAAAUACAGUGUAGACAUUGUUCAUGUUGUAAAUGGCUAUUUAAUGGAAUAUCUACAUAGGCGUCCAUCAGUCCUGUGUUCCAAUGGCACGUUGUGUUUGCUAAUCCAAGUUUAUCAUUUUAAAAGUCUAAUUGAUCAUUAGAAAACCCUUUUGCAAUUAUAUUAGCACCGCUGAAAACUGUUGUGCUGAUUAAAGAAGCAAUAAAACUGGCCUUCUUGAAACUAGUUGAGUAUCUGGAGCAUCAACAAUUGUGGGUUCGAUAACAAGCUCAAAAUGGCCAGAAACAAAUAACUUUCUUCUGAAACUCGUCAGUCUAUUCUUAUUCUGAGAAAUGGCUAUUCCAUGCGAGAAAUUGCCAAGAAACUGAAGAUCUCGUACAACGCUGUGUACUACUCCCUUCACAGAACAGUGCAAACUGGCUCUAACCAGAAUAGAAAGAGGAGUGGGAGGCCCCGGUGCACAACUGAGCAAGAGGACAAAUACAGUUUGAGAAACAGGUGCCUCACAAGUCCUCAACUGGCAGCUUCAUUAAAUAGUACCCGCAAAACAUCAGUCUCAACGUCAACAAUGAAGAGGCGACUCCGGGAUGCUGACCUUCUAGGCAGAGUUGCAAAGAAAAAGCCAUAUCUCAGACUGCCCAUCUUAAACUUUUCUUUUUAUUGGCCAGUCUGAGAUAUGGCUUUUUCUUUGCAACUCUGCCUAGAAGGUCAGCAUCCCUGCAACCAAGCCUAUGGUCUCAUUAGUCUUCUCAAGUAGCCCCUGUGGAUAGGCCAAGUAGGCCAAAUACCCGCAGGGAUCCUAGUACUCCUGGUUGGGAACCAUCAGUUUGAUGGCCAGCUAACUGCCUGUGAAGCCUCUGCACCUCAGCUUCCAUCAUCUGAUUAUUGAUGUGCAUGUGUUCCAGGAUAUUCUCAAGGAGACACUUGUGAGACUGUAUCUUCUUGAGAACUUUCAUCUUUCUCAAAGUGGCAUUGUAUGCCUGAACCACCUUUCUAUCCACACACCUGACCAUUUUCACCAGCUGGUCUCUCAUGCUUUCAAAGUGCUUCUUUCUGUCCUGAAACUCAUUCACCUUGUUCUCCUUUUCACAAAUAUCCACAAUCAGAGAAUCCAUCUUUUUCACCAGUUUGCGGUUAUACUCUCUCAUGAUGGGUUUCAUUCCAGCCCUUGUUGGAAUCCACAACAGGGCCCAGAUUCACAAAACAUCUCUUACGCAAAAACAUAAGAAGCUUCUUAAGAAAAAAAAAGAAGUUCAUAAGAUAGUUCGUAAGUCCAAUUCCUCAACGAUAUCUUAAGAUUUAAUGAUUUUCCUACAAACUUUUCAAACAUCGUCUUACGAAUCUUCUAAACAUGUUUGUUGCUAGGCAAACGAUAUAGCUAGUUAUCUAGCUAGCAAUGGCAACAUGUUAGCAUAUUUCCUACUGAGAUUACUGUUCUAAAACAUGUUCUUCGGUUUGUGCGUGAAUUAAACAUGUUCAAUUGCUUUCAUGAGCUUUUUCUCUCACUGCCCUUAGUUUAAGACAAUGGUUUAGCUAUCUUGGAAUUAAAGAACAUUUUCAAUAACUUUAUUUUCAAGAAUCUAACGUCUUCUUAACUUUUUGCUUAAGGAGAAACAUAAGAAAUUGCGCAAGAAAAUUUACAAUAACCUUUUUGAGGAUUAGCAACUUUGCUUAACUUUCUUCUUAAGUCUAUAGUUAGGGGGAAAAUGGCAGUUAAGAAGACAUUUCUUCUUAAGAAGGUUUUGUGAAUCUGGGACCAGAUCUCCUCCAGAGACAUGGGAGAGGCAACAACAUCAAAAUCAUACUUACUCUCGCUAUCUGCCAAUGGUGAAGAUCACAGGCUCAAACUUUCCAGUGGUGUCAAUGGCAAACAUUUUCAAGCCUUGGGUUCAGAAUGUGUUCACAAGAGUUGAUGAAAGUUGUUCAAAUAAAGUUCUGUAAUAAUCCACCAGAGAACCAGAAAAUACAUCUGAAUCUGUGAGGACUGAAAGUAAAUUCAGAAAAUGUAACAAAUGAUCAUGGCAACAAUUCAAGCAAACAUUCCAAAAUCUCAUGUCUCCUAAAUAUGAAAUGCAAAGCCAUAGCAACAAUGCUUUAAAACAAUUCAAGCAAACAUUCAAAAUUCUAGGCUUUUCCUAGGGCGGCAACAAAACCCAUCUUGCAGAACAUGGUAAACCUGACUCUAGCUGUAUGUUCAAAUGGUGCAUUAUUUUAAAACUCUUCCCUCUCUCCCCCUACCCCCUCAGCCAGAGGAGCCAAUGAUCACCCCUGUGCGCGCCCCUCCCACAGAGGCAUCGCCCAGUGACGAUGAGGAGGAUGCUGACGAGACCUCGGGUCAGGACGUGGAGCUGACCACUGAGAGAGGUGAGAGAGAGGCAUGGAGGGGAGACUGUACACAAUUAAUUCAUUAGGGAUAAUUUGAAAUGAUAAUCCACUGCAUGAACAUGUUAUUAUCCCUUGUGAUAUUGACAUGAAGAGCCACCAGGGGGCGGUAAACCAUGGUGAGGCACGGAGCCAUUAACUGUACAUUUGUAUUGAUGAUUUUGUAUCUUUGGCCACAGGACCAAGUCAGACAGCGGAUGCAGCCUAUAGACCAGGAAGUGUAAGUUUCAGUUGUUGACUUGAAUGACAGAUUGAAUAGAAUGCAACUGAAGACCUGGAGUGUGUUGCCUGCCCUAUAGCAGUGGUUGUCAAAUCUCUCCUUUGCUGUAGCCCUGAACUAGUUAAUCUGUUUCACCUAGUCAAAGGCUUGAUAAUUAGUUGACAAGUUGAAUCAGGUGUGCUAGCUCAAUAGUUCAAAUACAUGGAGUUGCUGGGGGUCCCGGAGGAGUGGUUUGAGAAUCCCUGCCCUAUAGUACCUGACGAGCCAUCAAUAACAAAUCAUUUAUUGCCAAUAUACCAGACAUACCACAUUUUACUAGCUUAUUCUAAAACGUCCUUUCAUGGUGUGAGUCUACUCUCUCCCUUCAGGUGACGCACAGUCAGAAAGGAGAGCGAGGAGACCCAGGGCCAGCCGGCCCCCCUGGCUCCCCCGGGCCCCCAGGCCCGCACAGCCCCUCAGGCGAUGGCUCCUCUGGGGAGGGAGAGCCAGGACCCAGGGGCCCCCAGGGGCCUCCGGGACCAGCAGGAACACCCGGAGCACCCGGCAACGACGGCCAGCCAGUAAGAGCCUGUUUGUUACCACAACAUCCCCUCCCUUCACUACCUAUUGGUCAUGUUCAUCAGCACUGCAUUGUAAUUGGGAAAAAUCGCUGUUGUAUCUGGUUACGGUCGAUUCAUUCGUUCUCUCUGGCUCCUAGACAGUGCCUGUCAAACACCGAACAACUCCCCGCCUGAUUUGUCAUGCUACGCAAUGCACAAUAAACACAGUGAGAGCUCUGCAGUUGGUAGGCGAUAGGAGAGCAUUCUCUAUUCUCCGUCUCACAUCGAGAACAUGCUAUUCUUGUUAUUUGUGUGGUUUGGCCCGCCCGGCAUAUUUUCAACAAUAUAGUUCAGUUCAAUUGGUGUUCUCUCUCUGUAAUUCUGUCUCUAUAAACAUCAGCUAUUGUCUAUUUUAAUGGCCUAUUUAGUUGGUUGCAGACCUUCAGCCAUUGUACGUGACAGCUGUGUCAUCUUGUUCAGUGGUUUAGAAGGGCAGUUUUUGAUGUAGCUGACGUAAGUUUAUGGGGUCAAAAAUAGUUUUGGGUCUUUGUAUUGUUGUUUUCUUUGUUCUGGAGGCAGUGGAGGGAAAGAUGGCAACCCUGGAAGUAUUAUUUCUUAGGUAUUAGGCCGUACAGUACACAAUACAUAGGACUUGACCCUGUUGUCCUGCUACGUACAAUCACUCCCACCCUCUCUCUUUCUCAAGAACACAAAUAUUCUCAUUCCACUGUACACACACCAAAGCUUCCCAGGCACAAACAAACACACACAACCACACACACACACACACACACACACACACCCACAGACACACCAGAGGAGGUUAAUUGGGGAGGACGGGCUCGUAGUAAUGGCUGGAGCGGAAUAUGUGGAAUGGUAUCAAAUACAUCAAACACAUCGUUUCAUUGUGUUUGGUGACAUUCCAUUCACUCCAUUUCAUCCAUUAUUAUGAGCCGUCCUCCCCUCAGCAGCCUCCUGUGACAUACACACACACACACACACACACACACACACACACACAUAACCUGCCAAUACCUCACAAGUGUGCACCAGACCCAGUCCCUUAGCCAAUAACGGAGGAAAGGGGAAUAUAGUGAUUUAGAAAUGUUUUACAAAAAUGAGGAAAGUUGAGUCAUUGUGCAUCCACCUCUAACAGCUGUAGUCCAAAAUGGCUGACUAUUUAUUUACAACCCACGUCCCUGGACCUCAGAGAUGAGUGAUAGAGAGAUGAUCUUGUACGGUGGUCUCUCUAGCUGUUUUUGAUCUGUUCUGUGCGUUUGAAUGGUGGAACGAGAGCACCUGCCCACCUGUGGGCUUGAUUAUCUCUGAAGCCCAGGUCCCGACCUCUGUGGGGUGGGAUAUAGGUCUUGCUUACAUGUGGUACAUCUGUGUGGGGUUCUGUGUGUGUGCGUCUGUGUGCGUCUACAUGUUUGUGUGUGUGUCUGCAUGUGUGUGUGUGUGUCUGCAUGUGUGUGUGUGCGUGUGUCUGCAUGUGUGUGUGUGUGUGUGUGUGUGUGUGUGUGUGUGUGUGUGUGUGUGCGCACAGCCUUGUGAGUCGUAAAGGGGCUUCAGAAGAGAUUAGAUAACUGUUGUAGUGAAUACUGGAGUGAAUGUUCUCUUUGAACACUGUGUUUAUGGAGUGAGAUAUAACUCGAGGAGAAAGGGCCACACAUGAAUCCAAUCUCCAACUCCUGUCAAUCCACCAAUCAUUGUUAGAAAGCCUACAGUACUGUACACGACCCAUGUGGGUAUCUUUAUAUGUUUCAACCAGCAGCCAUUUCUCAUGUUGAUAAUCCUCACUUGCUGUGUUCCUACCACAGGGAGAAAAUGCAGUUCAGGGAUUCCCAGGCUUGCCAGGAGAUCCUGGUCCCAAAGGAGACAAGGUGCAAAAACACAUAGUGUAUAACCUCCUUUCACUGUUACAGAGGGUACAUGAUGUUCUAGUGACCUACAGGUCUUAGUGGCUACAAGGUCAUGGGGGACUGUCACUGAAUAGUUCAGCAGUGCUCUACUUCAUUGCACAUUUUUGAUCUAGCCGAGCACCAACACACCCGAUUCAACUAAUCAAGGGCUGGUGAUUAAUUGAAUCAGGUGUGUUAGUGCUGGGCUAGAACAAAAAUAUGCGUCAUCCACCAAGGGUCCCGUACCGUAGGAUUGGAUUGAGAAAUACUGGUCUAGUUGGUUGUUGUGUUUGACCCUGGAUUGUGUGUUGGUUGUUGUGUUUGACCCUUGUAGGGUGAUCCUGGAGUGGGGAAACCUGGUCCCCCCGGUCCUCCCGGGCCACCGGCCCGACCCAACUCAUCCAGAUCCCUGGUACGUAGUGGAAUGAACCACCCUGGAUGUGUGGAUGGAUGGAUGGAUGGAUGGAUGGAUUAGUUGGUUGAUUGAUUCAUUCAUCAGUUCAUUGAUUUAUUGUAAGUUGAUGUGGUUUGCAGAAUGGUGUGGACGGUUCAGGCUUUGAGGACUUUGACAGCGACACAGAGAUUAUGACAGUGAGUGGCCAUCCUUUUCAAAACCCUAGAAUCCACCUGCUGUUGUUCUACUCUCUGACUACAGCCACAAAUACCAUUUGUAUACACACAGUUAGCAUUAGCGUUUAUGGGUUAUGAUAGUCAUGUUAUUUGUUAACAUUAAUGUUAAUAUUAUUUAUUUUCUACAUCCAGGGUCCUCCUGGUCCACCGGGUCCUCCUGGGCUGCCUGGCCCCCCAGGUUCGUCUGAGGGCCUCUCUGCGUCACCUGGAGCCCCUGGGGCCCCCGGGAAAGAUGGGAAGGAUGGAGAGAUGGGUAAACCUGGACUGCCUGUGAGUCACCAAACACUUUACUGAAACUCCAUCACUCUCACUUACACUGUUAAAGCCAGUGAGUGGUAAAAUGGCACCAUCCAUCUAUCACUUGCAGUUCUAAGGGCCAAUUAAGCAGCUGUUAUAGCACACCCUGUGGAGAGGUCAGCAUUGGUACAUUCCAACCCACAUUUGAAGGAGACUUCUAAAACUGUAUUGUAGACACAACUAAAUUAUGUGGUGGUGUUCCAGUCCCUUUUUACGCCUCUGUUUCAGGUGAUGCUGGGUUGGUUUAGUGGCUCUGGUUCUGGGUCUGGUUCUGGAGAGGUAUUAAACUCUGGUCCUAUCUGGUUAUUGAACUGAUGGGCCAAAAGGCAUAAUUUCCCCCACAACUUCACUUCAUGCCCCAUGUUUCUUAACACCAGUCACCUCUGCUUUUGCGUACUCUGUAUGCUGCAGAACGAAGAACAAAGGGGGUGUGUGUGCGUGCGUGCGUGACCUUACAAAUCAAUUUCUUAGAACAAAGCGCUGCCAGAUAAUCAACAGCAUGGAACUCCAGGUGUCUGCCAAAGAUUUGUCAAACCCAGCGGCAACCUUCAGACAACCUUACCCCAAUCCCUUCUGCUGCCCAGCACAGCUUUAACACAUCUCUGACCGUUACAUGACAAGAGAUGCCUGGAAACCAUUUGUGCAUAAUUCCCCUGCAACCCUGCAAUUUGUUCCGUUUGCUUAAGCCUAGAAUGUUCUGGAGGCCCAAUGUUUAUGUGAAUGAUUGAACGGGCGAUUGUGGGACCCAGAGCAGCUGUUGCCAUGGUGAGGUCACCAUGGAGCUGGACCCUCAUGAUACCAAUCUGGCUGCCUUGACAACUUGUAUUGUAAAUGAUGCUUUCUGACCUGCGGUGACUUGGGGAGAUUUUUACUGUGGGAAGGAGGGCUGUAGACAGAGGCAUGGAGGCAAAUAUUUAUUUGUAACUUUUUAAAAAAGUACGUUGGAAUUUGACUUUCAAUCAUUUUAGUCAUUUAGUAGACGCCCUUAUCCAGAGCGACUUACAGUUAGUGCAUACAUUUUCCUUUUGCAUAUUUUUUUAUUUAUUUAUUUUAUUAUUGUUGCAUGUCUGUUAAUCAAUCCAGAAGGAAAGCAGGAGUGACAUCACUCACACACCAGUUAUUGUGUGUGUCACCCAGUCUCUUAGCCAAACUGUAAAAGGAGCUCAGUGUUUGUAAGCAAGUCUGCUCCCCUUUGCUACGGUAAACACAACCCCAGCCAGCAUCUCUUUCGCCCCUGUCUCUCUGUGUGGUCUAGCCUGCCUGCGCCCCGCACUACAAGCUGCCUGGCCUGCUGUCCACAGAACAUGUACACAUCUCAGACAUCUCGCCUGUUCAAAGCCAGGGACUUUGAUCACAGAGCACUAUGGGAAUUCCAACCCUUUGUGUUUGACAGAGUAGGUCAAAGAUUGCAUUAUCCGAUUAUACAGGGUCAGGUCUUUUUUUCAGCCCCCUAAUGGUUAGGGAUAGGAUCGGAGGUAACUGGUUGGGUAAUCUGAUCCUAGAUCUGUGGUUAAGGCCGACUUGUACCUGAACAGGUUUGACAGUUUGGUAUUUUGGUAUUUUAUUAGGAUCCCCAUUAGCUGUUGCAAAAGCAGCAGCUACUCUUCCUGGGGUCCACACAAAACAUGAAACAUGACAUAACACAGAACAUUAAUAGACAAGAACAUAGCCUACAUAUCAAUACAUACACACAAACUAUCUAGGUCAAAUAGGGGAGAGGCGUUGUGCCGUGAAGUUUUGCUUUAUCGUUUUUUUGAAACCAGGUUUUCUGUUUAUUUGAGCAAUAUGAGAUGGAACGGAGUUCCAUGCAAUAAUGGCUCUAUAUAAUACUGUACGCUUUCUUGAAUUUGUUUUGGAUUUGGGGACUGUGAAAAGACCCCUGGUGGCAAGUCCCCUGUAGCUCAGUUGAUAGAGCAUGGCGCUUGCAACGUCAGGGUUGUGGGUUCGUUUCCCACGGGGGGCCAGUAUGAAAAUGUAUGCACUCACUAACUGUAAGUCACUCUGGAUAAGAGCGUCUGCUAAAUGACUAAAAUGUAAAUGUAAUGUCUGGUGGGGUAAGUGUGUGUGUCAGAGCUGUGUGUAAGUUGACUAUGCAAACAAUUUGGGAUUUUCCACACAUUAUAAAAAGAAGAAGUGAUGCAGUCAGUCUCUCGUCAACUCCAGAGCCUGGAGAACUUGCUUUUUGGAGUGUGGUGUCAGAAAAAGCAGAGCAUCUCUUUAUUACAGAUAGACCUCUCCCCAUCUUUACAACCAUUUAAUCUAUAUAUUUUGAUCAUGAUAGUUUACAAUCUAAGGUAACACCAAGUCAUUUAUUCUCCUCAACUUGUUCAACAGCCACACCAUUCAUUACCAGAUUCAGCUGAGGUCUAGAACUUAGGGAAUGAUUGCCCAUGUGAUCAUGCAUUCCCAGUUCCCAACUUCCCACAGACAGACCCCUGAUUACUUGGCUAUGCUCCAGACAGCAUGUAAUACUGUAGCUACACACUGUUUGACUGUUUAAUCAAAAUACAUGGCUGUUAUGUGUCAAAUCCACCCCAACAUGUCCUCCAAUCAACCUCCUCUUUGGUGAAGUACAGGGAUCUCACAGUCAUCUUUCCACAACACGUCACAAUCUAUUUCCAUGGGAUUUGGCAGUGUUUAUGCCUACUUUCCCACUGGUGAGAUAUUGCUCAACAGCCUAAUCCAACCUCAUGACAUUUUAAUAUGUUCUGAAUGACAGAUUACAGAAUGUUAUUGCCCAGACCAAUAAUCUCUCACUUAAUCUGUUGAGAAACAUUUUUACGUUUGUUUCACGAUACGAUUCAUAAAAUACAGUAAGACCGUUAACCAAUGGACCAGUGGAGACAAAGAUAUUACGAGUCUAGUGUGGAAAGGUUAAAGGUUAAGAAGCGAUGACGCAGCAAUGUAAUCUUGGCUCUGUGAGCUAAUGGCUUCUGACUGCAGCUAGACGCUUCUCAUGAAACAUAGUCCUUCCCAUUAUCUGCAUCGUUAGGGAAAACUUCCUUUUGACUUGAGAAUGCAGGAGGCUUUUACUAACUGUGUGAAUGGAUUACUUACAGGACAUUUAUCACAUGUCAGUUAUCAUCGUUGAAACUAUGAAUUGAGUUCUGGCUCUUCUGAAUAGAUUAAUAGAUUCAUUAUUUCUAAAUUAGCUGGUGGACUAAAGAUACAGUAUAUUGUCUUGCUGUGCUGUCAGAUCAGACACUUCACAGCUAAAUACAAUCUGACAAAUGGAAUGAUCCCAUACUGGACAGAAAUAGAUUACGGAGAAACACAUCUAAUCUAAGUGAUUGUUCUAUCUCCCAGGGGGUUGAUGGACAUGAUGGGAACCCUGGUCCAGCAGGCGAGAGAGGAGAGAAGGUACGACUUAUGGAUAUAGACCUCUGAUAUCCUGUGUACUGAUUGCAUAGAAUCUAUCAUCUCAAGACAGUCUCCAUCUGAUGUAAAAAGAGCUUCAAUUUGAUUGAUUUAAUUUGAUUGAAACAUUGAUUUUCUUUGACAGGGUGAGCCGGGUCUGAGUGGACCACCUGGACUAAAGGUAAAGUCAGAGUCACGCUACUCCAUCACUCCCCAACCUAGAAGUGACCCUAAAAACCACAACAGCCUUUCUCCACUAUUCAAACCCAAACACAGUUGUUCCCCACAUGUGAAUCAAGUGAUAAUUACUGCUAAUAACCAGAACCAAAUAAAUAAAGACUCACUCCAUGGUCCAAAAACAAUACCUAGGCCUAGCCAUUCCCCCAUCAGCGUUGUCAGAUCUAAAGGAAUAACAUAGGCCUAAGCUACUGUGAUGCCUCCAACUUCCAAUGGGUUUAGUGGGAGCCCCCUCCAUAAUACUUACACCCAUCCAGUUCAUUCACAUCUGCAAACAUGGAUGUUGUAAUAAUGUAUGCUGCUUGAGGUGGUUUUUAGACUGAACCAUUGUGGUUCUCUCGCAGGGGGAGCCAGGUGCUGCAGGGUUCCCAGGUCUGCCCGGCUCAGAGGGUCCAGAGGGGAUGUCAGGCCUGAGGGGCCCUCCUGGGCCACCGGGACCCCCAGGACGGGGCUUCAGCUUGGACCUGGAGGUAUGAUUUCACUCAUUCAGCUCUCCUGUCUGUCAGAGGGUCAACAACAUACUGUACACCUGUUAGAUUAUUUUCAAGCUGUUUGAAAUUAAGGAUAACUAAUACUGUUCUCAUAGCAAUGAUAGUGGGUUGUAUUAUUAUACAACUUUAGAGUGAUUUACAUUGUAUGUUGGGAGGGAUGAGGACAACGACUCGCCCUAUACAUCACCAAUGUGUAGAACCCACCUUAGUGAUGCUCGGCAGCCAUUUUGUGCCAGAGGGCUCAUCACCACACACCAGUUGUCAUUGACUGUAUGUUGUUUACAGGACAUGGAGGGGUCUGGGACACUCGGUGGCUUUGGGGCAGUGAUGCCCAGAGGCCCUCAGGUAAGAACACAAAGAAUGGUUUCUAUAUGGAGCUGUUGGGACACCAUUUUGCUUAUAAGAUUGAUAUACAGUACCAGUCAAAAGUUUGGACACACCUACUCAUUCAAGGGUUUUUAUUUAUUUUUACUAUUUUCUACAUUGUAGAAUAAUAUUGAAGACAUCAAAACUAUGAAAUAACACAUAUGGAAUCAUGUAGUAACCAAAAAAGUGUUUAACAAAUCCAAAUAUAUGUUAUAUUUGAGAUUCUUCAAAUAGUCACCCUUCGCCUUGAUGAUAGCUUUGCACACUCUUGGCAUUCUCUCAACCAGCUUAACCUGGAAUGCUUUUCCAACAGUCUUGAAAGAGUUCCUACAUAUGCUGAGCACUUGUUGGCUGCUUUUCCUUCACUCUGCGGUCCGACUCAUCCCAAACCAUCUCAAUUGGGUUGAGGUCGGGGGAUUGUGGAGGCCAGGUCAUCUGAUGCAGCCCUCCAUCACUCUCCUUCUUGGUAAAAUAGCCCUUACACAGCCUGGAGGUGUGUUGGGUCAUUGUCCUGUUGAAAAACAAAUGAUAGUCCCACUAAGCCCAAACCAGAUGGGAUGGCGUAUCGCUGCAGAAUGCUGUGGUAGCCAUGCUGGUUAAGUGUGCCUUGAAUUCAAAAUAAAUCACAGACAGUGUCACCAGCAAAGCACCCCUACACCAUAACACCUCCUGCUCCAUGCUUUACGGUGGGAAAUACACAUGCGGAGAUCAUCUGUUCACCCACACCGUGUCUCACAAAGACACGGCGGUUGGAACCAAAAAUCUCCAAUUUGGACUCCAGACCAAAGGACACAUUUCUACCGGUCUAAUGUCCAUUGCUCGUGUUUCUUGGCCCAAGCACGUCUCUUCUUAUUGGUGUCCUUUAGUAGUGUUUUCUUUGCAGCAAUUCGACCAUGAAGGCCUGAUUCACACAGUCCCCUCUGAACAGUUGAUGUUGAGAUGUGUUUGUGACUUGAACUCUGGGAAGCAUUUAUUUGGGCUGCAAUUUCUGAGGCUGGUAGCUCUAAUGAACUUAUCCUCUGCAGCAAAGGUAACUCUGGGUCUUCCAUUCCUGUGGCGGUCCUCAUGAGAGCAAGUUUCAUCAUAGUGCUUGAUGGUUUUUGCGACUGCACUUGAAGAAACUUUCAAAGUUCUUGAAAUGUUACGUAUUGACUUACCUUCAUGUCUUAAAGUAAUGAUGGACUGUCAUUUCUCUUUGCUUAUUUGAGCUGUUCUUGCCAUAAUAUGGACUUUUUUAUUUUUUACCAAAUAGGUCUAUCUUCUGUAUACCCCCCUACCUUGUCACAACACAACUGACUGGCUCAAACGCAUUUAGAAGGAAAUACAUUCCACAAAUUAACAUUUAAGAAGGAACAGCUGUUAAUUGAAAUGCAUUCUAGGUGACUACCCCAUGAAGCUGGUAGAGAGAUUGCCAGAGUGUGCAAAGCUGUCAUCAAGGCAAAGGGUGGCUAUUUGAAGAAUCUCAAAUGUAAAAUAUAUUUUGAUUUGUUUAACACUUCUUUGGUUACUACAUGAUUCCAUAUGUGUUAUUUCAUAGUUUUGAUGUCUUCACUAUUAUUUUACAACGUAAAAAAUAGUAAAAAAUUAAGAAAAACCCUUGAAUGAGUAGGUGUGUCCAAACUUUUGACUGGUAGUGUAUAUAUGAACAUUUGUAUGAUUAAUACUAACAAUCAUUUUUACCUGGUGCUAUCCACAGGGUCCUAUUGGGAAACCUGGCCCUCCAGGACCAAAGGUACUGUAGGCCCUCAUGUCUAAUAUCACUGAUACAGUUGGCUUACUCUAUGUACCUAUCAGGCAUGUUUUAAUACAAUAUCUACUUUCAAAAACACACUUCAACCAGACAUCAAAGUCAACGUGUACUUGCAGUCGGCAGUCUUUUCACGACCCUUGAAUGUUCGCAUGUAUGCUAGACACACAGUAGUGUAUGUGCUAAAAUGUCUAUGUGUAUUAGAUCCUUGGGGUAAAGUGUGACUCACUUGUUUCACCAUUGACUGUGGUGGAUGACAAACACCACCUUAUCUAGAAAGGCCACUUGCUCACAUCCUACUGCGCGCCACUUAAAGUAUGAGUCAUAUGAAUCACAGAGUCAGUCAAGUAUACAGGUGGAUAAGAUCAUAGGACUGAAAUCUCGCAAUACUUAUAAUGUGCUUCAAGUGGUUCUAAGAAUGAACUUAUCUGUUGCAUAUGUGGCUGUAAAGCUUUCACUUUCCUGCAUAAACUAUAACUAUGUUGGUAUUUGUUGUGAGUGUGCAUGUGCUUGGGUUCAUUUCUAUUUGGUGUGUGUCAGAAUAUGUGGUUCUACAUACCUGUAAAAGGUUUCCAUACUGACGGCCAUUUUGUUUCUCCUUCACAGGGCAAAGAUGGGCAGGACGGGCUUCCUGGUGUAGCGGUAAAGGUGGGUCCCCCCUACUCAACUGGUUCCCAUUCAUCCUCUCAGAGGAAGUGCAGCCUUCCACACCAUGUGCUUUCUAUUAGCCUGCUAAUUUCCAAUGAAUUCCUCUCUGACACGUCUUUGCACAGGCAGGGCCAGUCGCCCAGGUCUCAGGCACUGUACCUCACAUGCACCAGCACCACCACCUUGAUAGAGACAUCAGCUAGCGUUAAAGGGAAAGUUCAGAUAGCAUUAAAGAGAAAGUUCACCCCGAAAUCAAAGUUUGUCCAAUGUAAACUAACUACAGUUUUUUUUUUAAUGCGAGGGGGGGAAACUAACUCAAUAUACUUUCAAAUGAUUAAAACAAAAUCAAAACUGUGUAGAAAUGAUAAUGGACCUAUAUUCAUACAGUUUCUUGACUGUCCAGCUCGCUAAAAAUCACUACAGUCAGGGGGCACCGAAAAUUCGAUGGAUAGAAGACAAUUUCUUGCAAAUUUUGACGGCAAGGAAAUAUAAGACAUUUUCAGUGUGGCCUUCUGGAACUCGUUGAAGACAGAAUGCUGCCCCCAAUGCAAAAUGAGUUUGACACCCCUGCUCUAAACGAUAGUUUAAUGAUAUUGCACUCUGCAGCCUACUAGGGCUGUGAUUGAAUGAAUGGGAGGUCAUUGGGCAUUGAGAAAUUGAGCUAUUACCAGUUGUUUCGCAUUUAGAAAUAUUGCCUCUCAUAACCCUUUCCCCUAGUCCAGCAAUUCACAAAGCAUUAAGCAUCUAUGCCAUAGUGAAAUUCCCAACUGUAGAUGUGAUUUAUAAAUGAAAGAGUCAUUCACCUUCAUCAUUAAGAUAAAAAGGUUUUCUGAAGUCUCACUCAUUGAUGAGGUAUACUAUUAUAGGUACACAGAUGAGGUAGUUAGUUGGAAUUGUUCCUCCAUUUUGGGCUAUGCUAUGUGGGUUGGUCACUGGCAUCUAAAACGGAUCUAAAAGCCCUCUUAUUUUAAACUGAUGCUGUUCUUGUCUAUUAAUGUUCUGAAUAAUGUUAUAUUUUAUGUUUCGUGUGGACCCCAAGAAGAGUAGCUGCUACAUGAGCAACAGCUAGUGGUGAUCCUAAUAAAUAAAUAAAUCAAUUUCCUCUCUGUUCCUCUAGGGGGAGCCUGGUGCUCCAGGAGCAGCAGGGUCCUCUGGGCUGGACGGACUGUCAGGGCACUCGGUCAGUACUUCACCUGCCUUUUACUGUCCAAUUCAAUCUCUCUCCAUUAUUUGCCUUUUCUUUUGAAUUUCUUUUGAUUUUAAAAUAUUAUAUUCUGUCUUUAUACCCUUUACGUUUGUUGUUGUAGGUUCAUUAUAUAAAACGGUCUCAGGUUUCAGUUAUGUUUUGUCGUUAUAGUGUUUGCCCUUUCUUCCAUGCAGGGAGCAAAGGGGGACAGGGGUGAUAUGGGACCAAAGGUACAGUAUCACUCCUGCGGACUCCAUUCAUGUCAAUAUGUUAAUAAGACCAUUGAUUUCGACUGGCUUUCUGGAGCCAACCAAGCUGGCCCUGUUCUUAGUUCUUCUAACCCUGUGUUCUAUGUUCUGUGUGCUAGGGAGAGAGAGGUCAGGACGGCCUCAGUUUCCCCGGCCCUCCAGGACCUCCCGGGCCUCCAGGACCAGUCAUCAACCUCCAGGAUGUAAGUGGAUCAACCAUGAAGAGAUCCUCAUGAAGGACCUAGGGUCUAGGGCCUAGGGGCAAGGGCCUAGGGGCUAAAGAAGUGUUUUUGUACGGGGCCAGUUAUCCAGUUUACUUCUGAUUUAUUGAGUUACUCAGCUGUAAUUUUAACACCCCACUAAUGGCAGUAUAGUAUGACUUAAUCCCUUAAAAUUACCAGUAAUCUCAGUUUCGGAAGGCUCAUUUUAUUAGCUAAUCUUAUACAGUAAUUAGCUGUUAUUAGAGCAAUUACAAGCAUUACAAAUGACAUUGUUAUCAUCCCUACUGAUGAGCUCAGAUGGGACAGUUUUAAUGUGGAUGUAGAUAGUGAUGUUACUGCCUCUCCUCUCUGUCCUCCUCAGCUCCUGCUCAACGAUACAGAGGGUGUGUUUAACUUCUCAGGAGUGCUGGAAUCUCAGGGGCCCAGGGUGAGUAGACUUAGGCUUGUGGUGUGUGUGGGUGUGUGGGUGUGUGUGUGUGUGUGUGUGUGUGUGUGUGUGUGUGUGUGUGUGUGUGUGUGUGUGUGUGUGUGUGUGUGUGUGUGUGCGUGCGUGCGUGCGUGCGUGCGUGCGUGCGUGCGUGCGUGCGUGCGUGCGUGCGUCCGUGCGUGCGUGCGUGCGUGCGUGCGUCAACAGUGACACAAAGCAUUUCACAGGCGAGAGUUGAAGCAAGUGCACCCCUAAAAUGAUCACAGAGCAACACAUUGUUAACUUCAGUUAAAAUCUUUUCAGAUUACAAUUGCCCUUGUGGUGCUCUUUAAAUGGCCUCUGCGGUCUCUCAGUUUUUUGCAUUAACAAGAUAACAUGACAGAACUCCUUUUAUAUUGUUUUGGGUUCGGCGUACUCGCACCCCCAGAGCAAUUAGGUUGAGAAAUGGCUGGAAUCAUAUCAAAGAUUUGUUUCAAAUUGCUGUAAUGAUAUCUGUCAUGCAUGGUCAUAAAACAGUGGUUUGUGUGUCCCACGGACAAUUAGGUCCAGGUUAUAAGAGAUGCAUGUUGAGGUAUUUAUCUGUGACUGAUAUGGAGGUUAAUUCUACAGUAUGUAGUUAAGUUUGUUGGAUUCCUUGGUACAUUAACCGUUAGAUAAUUCCUUGAAACAGACUGUUGUUUUUUGUAUGGGUGAAUAACUGACCGAUAGUAAAACAAAUCAGAUUUUCUCUCUUGCUGCUCAGAGGAUCUGUUGGUAGGUUACCAUGGUAUUAUGUCUAUCCUUUCUCUAUUGCAAAAUAUACAGUAUGCGGCCCACACUUCUGGCAUGAACUUGACAGUGCAAACUUUAUACAGUGCAAUCAGACAGGUACACACUGAUAGAGAGAUACACUGUAGCUGUCUGUUUCAAUUUAGUUCUUUAUUUAAAUGAUUCAUACAUUGUUUAUUCACUGACUAUGAUUAUUCCCAGGGGCCAUGGGGUCCAAAGGGGGACUUGGGGAUGGCAGGUAUCAUGGGGCCUCCAGGCCUAAAGGUAUGUGUGUGUUUGUGUUAUCUGUCUUUGUUUUGGGUUUAAGAACUCCACUAGGGGUUUACUAUAGCAGGGUUUACUGUAGCAGGGUUUACUAUAGCAGGGUUUACUAUAGCAGGGUUUACUAUAGCAGUGUUUACUAUAGCAGGGUUUACUAUAGCAGGGUUUACUAUAGCAGGGUUUACUAUAGCAGGGUUUACUGUAGCAGGGUUUACUGUAGCAGGGUUUACUGUAGCAGGGUUUACUAUAGCAGGGUUUACUAUAGCAGGGUUUACUAUAGCAGGGUUUACUAUAGCAGGGUUUACUAUAGCAGGGUUUACUAUAGCAGGGUUUACUAUAGCAGGGUUUACUAUAGCAGGGUUUGCUGUAGCAGGGUUUACUAUAGCAGGGUUUACUGUAGCAGGGUUUACUAUAGCAGGGUUUACUAUAGCAGGGUUUACUAUAGCAGGGUUUACUAUAGCAGGGUUUACUAUAGCAGGGUUUACUGUAGCAUUGUUUACUAUAGCAGGGUUUACUAUAGCAGGGUUUACUAUAGCAGGGUUUACUAUAGCAGGGUUUACUAUAGCAGGGUUUACUAUAGCAGGGUUUACUAUAGCAUUGUUUACUAUAGAAGGGUUUACUAUAGCAGGGUUUACUAUAGCAGGGUUUACUAUAGCAGGGUUUACUAUAGCAUAACCUGCUAUGGGGCCUUAUCCGAACGGGAUUGAAUGAACAUCUAAUAUACAAGCCCUUUGGAUUCCAAUCAAUUAAAGUGUGUGAAACUCAACACCAGUGCUCAUGAUUAAAGCUAGGACCCCAGUUGCUGCACACUAUUGAUGUGUAAAAGCCUGCUAAUGUGUUCCAGACUGUGCAGCCAUAGACAAUAUACAACUGAUUCAGUCUAGGUCCAUGGAACAACAUGAAUGAGAUUAUUAUCUAAUGUUUUCCUUUCACUGAGAGGGGCUCAAGGUGCUUCAACAUGCAUGUGCUGCACAUUACCCUUGGGUUCAUGUGUGUAUGUGUGUGUGUGUGUGUGUAUGUGUGUGUGUGUGUGUGUGUGUGUGUGCGCGCAUGUGUAUGCAUGUUUGUAAUCUGACUGCAAGUGUAUGUACAGUAUUCAUAUCGUCUUAUUGAGUGUGUGUGUGUGUGUGUGUGUGUUUGCAGGGCGAGAAGGGUGAGCCAGGGGUCAUGGUUGCCGCUGAUGGGUAUAUGAUGUCUGGACUCACAGGGCCACAGGAGCCCAAAGGGAUCAAGGUAAGUCUUACACACACUACUUCCUGGGUCAAAGUUCACAUUGGCUGCCUGGGCUCUAGUUGUGUCAGACACUCACUUUGUUUCUUGACUCCUUCGCAGGGUGAUUGUGGUGUACCUGGACCAGCUGGCGUGACGGUAAGACUUUAUUGGUUUCUCAGUUUGAUAACGGACGUGGAAUAAACAACUGACUCUCGUGUGCAUGUGCAUGUUAUGUUGCCAAUACAGCUCUCUGUGUGUGUGUGUGUGUGGGGGGGGGGGGUUGUUGUUCCCUACACUGAGUUUGGAGUAAUCCCUUUGUAGUAACUACCCCCCCCCCCCCCCCCCCCCCCCCCCCCCCUCCCAAACCCUUCUUUGUGUUGCCGCAGCUGCUUUCAUUCAAAGUGUUUUGGAACAUUUUUGUCAGGCCAAGUCCAUACGCACAUACAGGCCUGCAUCUGGGCCCCUAUCCGUCCAAUGCAUAUUUUCAGGCGUACUACGGACCUGUGAUGUAUCUUAAUCCACAGUCCACCUGCUGAGGAGAGAAAUACAAAGGGAAACAGUUCUGGUCCUUCAAAGGUUGAUUUAUUGUUGUGUUUUUACAGGGUCCCAUUGGGCCAGUAGGACCCAAAGGAGAAUAUGGCUAUCCUGGUCAUCCGGUAAGUACAGUACCUCACAUUAUGAUUUGAGCCAUUCCUUUAGCAUUGUAGGCGACACAUGAUAACAAUAGCAGUAAAACAUUAUUUUAUUCACAUAAUGUGUAUUUUUAAAACCCAAGAGCAGUCCAUUGGGUUACACAAAUACACAGCACUACAGAGUAUGAUCAUAUCACUCCAAUGCAUUUGACCAUUGGUGAUGUGGUGUGUCUCUCGCUACAGGGUCGUCCUGGAAUAAGUGGGCAUAAAGGAGACCGAGGAGACGCUGUGGUUGUGUCGGUGAGUUGAACCCUCUCCCUCCUUCCCUCCCUCUUUAGAUGGGUCACAGUCACAAAGGUUUGAGAAGCACUGCACUAGGGCCAUCUGAAGGUGGCGCCCCCUAGCCAGAGCCAAAUGAUACUGCAACUGUUUGGUGCCUUGCCACUUUCCAUUCCUUUCCAUUCCAACUCAGCCACCAUCAAAUAUUAGACCUAGACCACACAUGGCCCAUGAACCGCAUGGUUGACCAUCUGUCACCGACUCACCACGCAGCUGGUAAAGAUGCCAGUCGACACGUUGGCAUUGGGGUCAGUUGUUUAACAGGCAGUCCCGUGCCCAGACAACCCCAGCAUACGAUAAAAACAUCCAGCUUAUUUAUCGACGGGCACUUGAAAGCACCCCGUAAACAAAAUAGCUUUUGUUGACGUUUAACAAGACAUCUUUCCUCAACAUGUGUCAGAAGUCCCUGUGUUUGUUUUUCAGGUCCGUCCAUGUGCUGUGGUGUCUCAGACUUCACUUUUACUGUUGGUUUAACUGGCUGACCAAUCUUAACCAGACCUUAUAUACUUGUGGUCAGGGCCGUGCACAGAGCUUUGGAGGGGCAGGUGAAAUAAAAAAUAAAAAUAAAUGUAUUUUUACAUUUACCCAUAAAAUCUCUACGGCUCAUGAAGCCAAAUUUCAACAUAUAUAUUUCUGGCAUAGGCCUUUUAUUUAUUUUUGCAAAAACAGCCUAGUCUACAGUUCACAGAGAGGGCAACUAUAUCAGCUAUCAGCUGAUCAGAGUGAAUGUAGAUGAUGUAAAUCAGCUAACUUGUUACAGUAGCUAGCUAAUUGUUAGCUAUGCUGUUGUAACAACUCUUUACUAGUGAUGGGGGAAAACAUUUAUACAAUUACAUAUCGCAAAAUAAUUGAAGGACGAUAUUAUAUUGAUAUUUUACUCCAAGUAUCGAUUUGUAAAAAUCCACAUAACAAUUUUGUAAAAAUACACUACAUUGCCAAAAGUGCUCGUCGAACAUCUCAUUCCAAAAUCAUGGGCAUUAAUAUGGAGUUGAUCCUCCCUUUACUGCUAUAACAGCCUCCACUCUUCUGGGAAGGCUUUCCAAUAGAUGUUGGAACAUUGCUACGGGGACUUGCUUCCAUUCAGUCAUGAGCAUUAGUGAGGUCGGGCACUGAUGUUGGGCGAUUAGGCCUGGCUCGCAGUAGGUGUUCCAAUUCAUCCCAAAGGUGUUCGAUGGGGUUGAGGUCAGGGUUCUGUGCAGGCCAGUCAAAUUCUUCCACACCGAUCUCAACAAACCAUAUCUGUAUGGACCUCGUUUUGUGCACAGGGGCAUUGUCAUGCUGAAACAGGAAAGGGCCUUCCCCAAACUGUUGCCACAAAGUUGGAAGCACAAAGUCAUCCAGAAUGUCAUUGUACGCUGUAGCUUUAAAAUAUCCCUUCACUGGAACUAAGGGGUCUACCCAGAACCAUGAAAAACAGCCCCAGACCAUUAUUCCUCCUCCACCAAACUUUACAAUUAUUGUGCUGAUGUUUGCUUCCAGAGGCAGUUUGAUACUCGGUAGUGAGUGUUGCAACCGAGGACAGAGAUUUUUACGCGCUACGCGCUUCAGCACUCGGUGGUCCCAUUCUGUGAGCUUGUGUGGCCUACCACUUCGCAGCUGAGCCAUUGUUGCUCCUAGACAUUUCCACUUCACAAUAACAGCACUUACAGUUGACCGGGGCAGCUCUAGCAGGGCAGAAAUUUGAUGAGCUGACUUGUUGGAAAGGUGGCAUCCUAUGACGGUGCCACAUUGAAAGUCACUAAGUUCUUCAGUAUGGGCCAUUCUACUGCCAAUGUUUGUCUUUGGAGAUUGCAUGGCUGUGUGCUCGAUUUUAUACACCUGUCAGCAAAGGGUGUGGCUGAAAUAGCCGAAUCCACUAAUUUGAAGGGAUGUCCAAAUACUUUUGUAUAUAUAGUGUAAAUAUAUAUGUUUUGCUACUGUACAGUGGGGAAAAAAGGUAUUUAGUCAGCCACCAAUUGUGCAAGUUCUCCCACUUAAAAAGAUGAGAGAGGCCUGUAAUUUUCAUCAUAGGUACACGUCAACUAUGACAGACAAAUUGAGAGAAAAAAAUCCAGAAAAUCACAUUGUAGGAUUUUUUAUGAAUUUAUUUGCAAAUUAUGGUGGAAAAUAAGUAUUUGGUCACCUACAAACAAGCAAGAUUUCUGGCUCUCACAGACCUGUAACUUCUUCUUCAAGAGGCUCCUCUGUCCUCCACUCGUUACCUGUAUUAAUGGCACCUGUUUGAACUUGUUAUCAGUAUAAAAGACACCUGUCCACAACCUCAAACAGUCACACUCCAAACUCCACUAUGGCCAAGACCAAAGAGCUGUCAAAGGACACCAGAAACAAAAUUGUAGACCUGCACCAUCUGGGAAGACUGAAUAUGCAAUAGGUAAGCAGCUUGGUUUGAAGAAAUCAACUGUGGGAGCAAUUAUUAGGAAAUGGAAGACAUACAAGACCACUGAUAAUCUCCCUCGAUCUGGGGCUCCACGCAAGAUCUCACCCCGUGGGGUCAAAAUGAUCACACGAACGGUGAGCAAAAAUCCCAGAACCACACAGGGGACCUAGUGAAUGACCUGCAGAGAGCUGGGACCAAAGUAACAAAGCCUACCAUCAGUAACACACUACGCCGCCAGGGUCUCAAAUCCUGCAGUGCCAGACGUGUCCCCCUGCUUAAGCCGGUACAUGUCCAGGCCCGUCUGAAGUUUGCUAGAGUGCAUUUUGAUGAUCCAGAAGAGGAUUGGGAAAAUGUCAUAUGGUCAGAUGAAACCAAAAUAGAACUUCUUGAUAAAACUCAACUCGUCGUGUUUGGAGGACAAAGAAUGCUGAGUUGCAUCCAAAGAACACCAUACCUACUGUGAAGCAUGGGGGUGGAAACAUCAUGCUUUGGGGCUGUUUUUCUGCAAAGGGACCAGGACGACUGAUCCGUGUAAAGGAAAUAAUGAAUGGGGCCAUGUAUCGUGAGAUUUUGAGUGAAAACCUCCUUCCAUCAGCAAGGGCAUUGAAGAUGAAACGUGGCUGGGUCUUUCAGCAUGACAAUGAUCCAAAACACACCGCCCGGGCAACGAAGGAGUGGCUUUGUAAGAAGCAUUUCAAGGUCCUGGAGUGGCCUAGCCAGUCUCCAGAUCUCAACCCCAUAGAAAAUCUUUGGAGGGAGUUGAAAGUCCGUGUUGCCCAGCGACAGCCCCAAAACAUCACUGCUCUAGAGGAGAUCUGCAUGGAGGAAUGGGCCAAAAUACCAGCAACAAUGUGUGAAAACCUUGUGAAGACUUAUAGAAAACGUUUGACCUGUGUCAUUGGCAACAAAGGGUAUAUAACAAAGUAUUGAGAAACUUUUGUUAUUGACCAAAUACUUAUUUUCCACCAUAAUUUGCAAAUAAAAUCAUUAAAAAUCCUACAAUGUGAUUUUCUGGAUUUUUCUUUCUCAUUUUGUCUGUCAUAGUUGACGUGUACCUAUGAUGAAAAAUACAGGCCUCUCUCAUCUUUUUAAGUGGGAGAACUUGCACAAUUGGUGGCUGACUAAAUACUUUUUUUCCCCACUGUAGGUAGCAUUAGCUAGCGCUAAAUGGCUGUACUUGCGCCAAAACUCAGGCAUCUUUCAUCCUAUAUCUGGUUCUCCAUCAUAUUUUUAAAUAGUAAGCCAACAUGUUUUCAGCACUUUUAUUUCCCUGACUGAUCAAAUCUUGUUUUCUCAUGCUCUCUCUUGUCUCUCUGCAGCAGACAUAUAAUGAGUAAUAUGUUUGGGACAUCAAAUCGCAAACAAAAUUGCAGUAUCUUUACCUGUGAUUGGAGUUUGUUCUGCUGCUAACUUCCGCGUUGUAGGCCUACUUAAAAACAGUCUAAUUGAACCCUUCCCUGACUGUGAGAGAUACAUACAACUCAAAAAGUAGCCAAUGUGCCACUACUCAUACUACCGCUAGGCGCCAGUAGUGUCUUGUGCAGCAGCAGGAGGACAAGUGCAGUGCGCGCUCACGUGGGGGUAGAGGAGCGGGGAGGGGGAAUGUUCCAAGAUUAAAUUAGCUAGUUUGAUGGCCAGUUCUUUACAGAACAGGGGAGAAAAUAGACUACAAGUAAGAUUAAAAUACAUUAGUAAAGAAAAUCGACCAAUCUAAAAGGGCACUUUUCUCAUAGGAGGGCAAAAGGGCAGAGCCCUUGUGGUCAUAUCUGAAGUCCAUGUGUGCAGAUCAAGGGUUGUUUCACUAUGAAGGUUUGUGGGUGAGUGAUUCAGAAGGACCUUGAUCACUCCAAGGUGGAUGUGAAUUGGACUUCUGAACCAGUAUGUUGUCCAUUCAACUCUAAUUUUCCUCUUCCUCUCUGUCUCUCUGUCUUGUUAUCUCUCUGUUCUCAGGGGCCCCCUGGCCCUCCCGGACCUCCAGGACGUCCCGGAAUGUUCAACUGCCCCAAAGGAGUAAGUAUGACCCCCCCGACCCCCCCUACCCCCUUCCUAUAUCCAUGUUUGUCCAUGUCAUCGUCAGGUAUUGUAGCUCUCCUGUGCUCACUGUCUCCUUCUUCCCCUACGUGUUUUGAAGACAGUUUUUCCCAUCCCUCCCAGACCACACUGCAAAAAGGCCGUAAGUGACUGACAGCACAGCGGUGGGCAGGCUGAGCUCAGGCCUGUCUGUCUGUCUCUGUGGAGUAUACCUUUUCUUUCUGACUCACUCUUUCCAUUACUCAUUCACUCUCUCUUUCUCUCUCUCUCUCUCUCUCUCUCUCUCUCUCUCUCUCUCUCUCUCUCUCUCUCUCGCUCUCUCUCUCUUUCUCUCACUCACAGACACACACACAAAAACACACACACACACACACACACACACAAACACUUUGUAUCUCUCUCUCUCUCUCUGUCUCACAGUUACUUGUUCAAUCUGUGUAGUAUCUUUCCUCACUUCUCCAUCAUAAAAGGGGAAUGUGCAUGUUGCAUCCAUGGUCCCUAACCUAUUCCAGGCGUGAAUAGAGGAUCACUCCUAGCAUGCUGCAUGCCAUAUGGACAUGGUGGUCAUGUGGUGUGGGUUUGCUCUUCCAUAGGUUGGUGUUUCAUUGGGAAGACACUAACAAAAUGCAGGAUGGUCCCCAAGAUUGAAUAUUAAACAUUCAUGAAAAUUACAACAUUUACAUUUUUAGCAGAUGCACUAGUGUCAAAACAAAAUCAAUUAAUGUUAACAGUUUAUAUUGCAGGAUGUAUUUGCCUGGUAUUUGGUGAGACGUGUGGUAAUUUCCAAGAAUUCCAGAUUUUAUAACCAUGUAAUUUUGUAGUAAAUACCAGGUUAAUAGUGUUCUGAAAUACAACAUAACGAAAUGAAUGUACUUACUAUGUAAGGUCUUUCAGAAGUGAGAUGAGCCAAGUGUGAUUGGCAUCUCCUGUCUUUCUUGGGGGCCAUCUUAAAAAAGCAUAUUUCAUCCAGGGUGGUGGUGGUCACUGGCAUGUUUUAGAUGUUAUUUUUGUUCAUUCUUCUAACUCUCCAUUUUAAUACAGAUAGAUUAACCCGUCCACUGUGAACUCAACAUAUAAUAUGAAAUAUUAUAUACUGUAGAUACAGUAUAAUAGCUGUCUUGGAUUCAUCUUGUUCAUCAUGUAUAAUGUUUUUGUUUGUGUCUGAAAUGGAUGAUGUGAUGUUUCCAUGCUUCACUGUUCCUGUUCUUGUUCCUGCAUAAAAAAAUCCAAUAUGUCUCAUGUCUUUUAACAUGUUUGUUUCACUUUUGCAGAUAAAUGGUUCUAUGAGCUCAACAAAUGGUGAGUUGAAGGACUUUCUGGAUAUGACAUAACAUUUCAGAACAACAUAAAUAAAUAAAUGAGAUGUAUUUCUUUGUUACAGUUUUUCUCACCAUUAAAUACAAAUGGCAUCAGUGAAUACAAAAUACACUGUUAAAGUGUUCUGUUCACAGAAUACAACACAUUGUUUUCAUCAGAAGAGAAAUGUAUGCAAUUGUGUUCGCUGUUUCCGGCAAUCAGUAAAUAAUACUGCAAAAAAGUAUAAAUCACUCCAUCAGUGUCAUACCAUGUACAAUAUAUGGUAUCUUUUACAAUAUUGAGGACAUGCAGAGAUGCAGAGAAUGAAGUUGGGUUACUUCUAAGUAAUCAUCUUCGACAUUGUGACCUUCCAUGAUAGAGCAUUGCUUUGGUGUGGAUUGAGGCUUAUACAUUCAUAUCAGUUGUGUUCCUCCAUUGUAUUCACCUUUCCUUAUUUCUAUUGUGGAUAGUGUUUCUGUGCACCAAUGGAACCAGCCUUUGCAUUGAAUACAUGGAAUUGGAUUGUGAUGAUACCGAUUAAUGAAUCAUGCACAGAAUGUGCUUAAAAAAUCAAAUAAAAAUUGUCAGGAAUAAUAUUUGAUUUGAUGUGUAUGAAAUUGUCUGAGGAAAUAUGCGUAAAAGAAGAGUAAUUGCCCAUCAUUCUGCACCUUUGGAUAGUACUUCCAAUUUUGAUCAUCAUUAUUUAGUAACUGCAAAGAAAAAGUAUUGAUCUUUUGUGAUUUUUAAAAGACAGACUAACUUUCUGUUUUGUCUGCUUGGACUCAGGAGAUAAGUAUGGUUGCGUUAAUCUUUUGCAGCCAGUCGUGUUCUUUUGAUGAAUCCAUUUGCAAUUACUUUGUUAUGCUGUAUUCUCUGAUAUGAAUGCCAAAGGCUCACCUGUUAUUCGCUAUGUGACCUGUAGGUGGGGCUAACUGUCUUCCAACUGGGACCAAAGGGGACAAGGGGGAGAGGGGCUUCCCUGGGAUGCCUGCCCCAUCACGUGAGUCACGGUAGAUAGAUAGAUUAGAUAGAUAGAUAGAUAGAUAGAUAGAUAGAUAGAUAGAUAGAUAGAUAGAUAGAUAGAUAGAUAGAUAGAUAGAUAGAUAGAUAGAUAGAUAGAUAGAUAGAUAGAUAGAUAGAUAGAUAGAUAGAUAGAUAGAUAGAUAGAUAGAUAGAUAGAUAGAUAGAUAGAUAGAUAGAUAGAUAGAUAGAUAGAUAGAUAGAUAGAUAUAUUACUGUUUACCUACAGUAUGAUUUUGUUUUAAUUUUAAUAUAAAGAAUACAUGUUAUAAUCUGUCAUAAGGACACAGGUAUUAUUCAUGCACACAGGGAUAUUAUUUACUUUUAAAUUAUUAUUAGAUUAUCUUUAAUAAUCAAUGGAUGAUGUGUUUUUCCUGCAGUUACAAUGCUUCCCAAAGGAACUAUGGUAAGUUGAAUAUUUGGUUCUGCUGUGUGCGUGCGUGCGUGUGUGCUGUUUACUUCCUGGAGCUCUCACAGUCUGUGUGUCUAUGUGUCUGUCUAUCCACAGGGGAAUAAAGGGGACCAGGGCUUCAGGGGGGACAAGGGAGAAAAGGGGGAGGCCGGGUUACCGGGCCCACCUGGUAUGCCUGGGAGAUCAGGACUGGUGGUGAGUCCCGUUUCCAUUGAGACCAUAUGCUUCCAAAGCCCCGCCCACCAACCACAGCUUUGACCAAUUACAAUUACUGAGAAGAUCACGAUACAACAUAGACACAUGAGAUAGUACAUAAUCAGUGUCAUCUUAAUUUGAGGGCGUUAUUGCAGUCUAUGACCUCUUUUGAUGGUGUGCUAGAUAGGCAAUUGGGUUGUGUGAGCAAUGAGGAUUUUGAAUUUGGCCACGGUGGCAAAACGCAGAAUUGACAUGAAAGGAAAUCCAAGUUGUGUGCAAAAUAAUACAUUGUUUUGCCAAUUCUUACUAAAUUAAAAUGCUGCAUGCAACAAUAGGGGAUUUUUUCCUACUGGCUGCAUUUAAAUAACCACGCAGCAUCAUGGGGUUCAAUAAGUCACCAUGUUCCAUUAAUUAAUUCAAUGUAAGAUCUUGGAGAUGAAUAUCUGCUAAAGUACUGGGUUUGUUUCAGGGCCCCAAAGGGGAAGCUGUUAUGGGGCCCCGUGGCUAUCCAGGCGUUCCGGGAUCUCCUGGUACUCCUGGGUAUGGGAGACCUGGUCCUCAAGGCCCCCAAGGGCGUCCCGGACCCCCCGGAACACCCUCUCGAUUUGGCUCAGGUAAGACUUGUGGCACCCUUUGUGAAAUGUUCCGUAUGGUACAAUAUGCUGACUAGCAUCACAUAAUAAAAUGUUACCGUUGUGUUUGUCUCCCAUUUUUCUAAUUCCAGCUGUGACCAUCCAUGGACCACCAGGCCCCACUGGCCCGGCUGGACCUCCUGGGACCUCUGCCAUGGUCAGUCAGUCUGUCCCCUCAGUUACGCCGCCACAUAUCUGCCCCAUCAAUGUCAUCCCAUCAUACCAUAAAAUUGUCAACUCUGUUACAUUAUCACAUCAGCUCCGUCACAUCAUCAAAUAACCUCUGACAUGCUAGAUAUUGCUGUCCUUCCCUCAAUCACUCUGGCCACGGUCUCCCCAACAAUUACUAUAUUCCUAUACUUCGUCCCAGUCUAAUAAUGUGUUUCUCUCUAUGUUUUUCCUUUAGUUGAAGACGUUUCCUUCCAGCGAGGUCAUGAUGCAACAGACGAUAGACAGCAGCGAGGGGACCCUAAGCUUCACCACGGGGACAGGCAAACUCUACAUCCGGGUGCAACAGGGAUGGAAGGAAGUCCUGGUACAGCAGCAUCUCUGGUCCUUCUCCUCCAUGUCUCUAUAGUGUCUCUAUGAGCCGUGAAACAAACUGAUGUGUUUGGUGUUUAUCUGUGUCUCUGUCUCUACAGCUUGGUGACUUGAUCUCCCUCCCAAUUAAUCUCCUUCUAAAUGACGAGGUAAGAACAGUAGAGUUGAGAUGAGGAUUGAACAUGUUCAACUGCAUGAAUUUUCUGCACAAUUCUCCCAUUGACAUCAAUGCAUUGUUUAUGUGAAAGUGCAUUGUAGACCUCCAUAUAAUGGAUACUUAUAGCAGAAUAUGCUGUGUGAUUGCUGCUUUUUAUGUUUAUAAUCUAGUUAGUAAUACACUUUUGCCCCCUUAGGCUCAGCCAGGCAGCGCCAGAAAAUAUGGGGUGAGUUUGUUGACAAAUUAAGACAAGAUUGACCUAGCGUUUGCAACUGUGCUAAGUUUGCUCUUGUUAUUUCAUAGGGGGACAAUAAAAGGUUUUUUAAAACAUAAACCUCUCUUUAUUUACACUUCUAUUGAAAAUUCUUUCUUACUCAAAUAUUUACUUUAACUUUUGUUUCACCACUUUUUCUUACGAAACGUUGCACUGGAGCAAAGAAACAGUCAAUUAAAAUACUUUCUUAUAACUGUCUGCUUUCUAGUUUGUAUCUAGUAAACUGCUAGAUGCAAAAAUGGAGAAUAAGUCUGAAAUGUAAUCUUUGUUAUUCGUUCUUGAAAGCAAGUCAUCGGUUUGGCUCAAGUCUGGCCACAAAAUGAGCUGGAGUCAAAAUGUGAUUUUGCUGUGGUUUGGAGUAUUCCACUUUUAGACUAAAUUACUGUCUGUGUGCUGUCAUUGAAGGACAGCCCGAGGCAGGCCAGGUUUAGGUUUUAGAAAUUUAGAUCCACAUUUCACAAAAGAAGACUGUACCAUGCUACACUGCUACAUUCCCAUUUCAACAGCACUGACAAGACCAUCAUGGUUUCCCAAACUCAGUCCUCGCACCCCCCCCCCCCCCCCCCCCAACACACACACACACCCCACCCCUGGUUUUUUGCCCUAGCACCAGGACUGAGUUUGGGAAACCAUGACCAAAGAGAGAUGAGAAUAGUGUGUGUGUGUGUGCACAUGUGGGUGUGUGCAUCCAUUUAUUGGAUACCUUGACCACCUGGAGUAGUAUCCGGCUCGAAGGACCACUCUGAGUGAGGUGGAGGUUUAGAAUACACACUAAUGAAUGACCCUUAUUCCACUGUCUCUUCCUCAGCUCAACAUGGUGGCUCUGAACCAGCCCCACACAGGGAACUUUGGUGGGGUCAACAUAGCAGACAGGAUGUGCUAUGAACAGGCCAAGGCCAUGGGCUUGUCCGCUUAUUAUCGGGCCUUCCUAUCCUCCCCAAAACCCCGGGCCGUUAAUAAAGACCUGGUCCCACAGAAGUUCAGGGAGAGCUACCCCGUUACCAACCUCAGGGUAAGCCAACCUCUGUUUCCCAUAGGUUCAUCUAAGAUCAGUGUUAAAGGACCAGUUCAGUCAAAAGGAGGAUUUUCCUGUGUUUUAUAUAUUUUUCCAAACUAUGAGGUUGGAAUAAUACUGUGAAAAUUAUGAUAAUACCCUUUUAGUGUAAGAGCUGUUUGCAAAGACCGCCUGACAUUUCAGCCUGUUUUGGUGGGAUGGAGUUUUGGCCUGCCUGGUGGUAAAUUAGUUAAUAGACCAAUAAGAAAGAGAGUUCCAAACCUCUCUGCCAAUAACAGCUAGUUUUCAGUUUUUUCCCUCCCCAUUCACUCCCAGACAGUCCUAGCAAAAGUCUUGCUUGAGAAAUUGGUCUUUGCUAAGAAAUUAUUUUGGUUUAUUUUUUACCAGAAAUUAUUUAAUAUUAAGAUAAAAAGGUCUGUGUUGGACCUUUAACAAAUAAAGUGUCAGAGUCAACUCAAUUACUCCUUUCUAUAUCCACAGGGCGACAUUUUGUUCAGUAACUACAAGUCUAUCUUCACUGGGGGUGGAGGCAAAUUCCCGCCAAACAUCCCAAUCUACUCCUUCGAUGGACGGGACGUAUUGGCAGACCCCUUCUGGUCAGUGAAACAGACAGAUGUUCAGUUCAGUUCCUCAGACACAGGGCUCUUGGCUAUGUGGACACCCUCAUACACAACUAAUCCUAUAUCACUGUCUCUAAAGAGUGAAGGCUAGGUAGACAUCCUCAUCCACCCCUCAUCUUCUCCACAGUCCCACCCGACCCAAGCAGCUUCACCAAAAGACAAAUGGGUUUGGAAGAGCGAGGCAUGAAGAAGGGAUGGGACAGACAUGGGUGUUUCCACAAAAUGAAGUUUUAAAUGCAGGAUAGCCCAACCGCAAUCCAGACAUCGGGGGUUGUAGCGUGGUGUUUUUCAGCCCGGGCCCAUGUGAGCCAGCUAUGUCCACCCUCGCUCUAUUUUGAACCUAUUUAUACACAGCCAUGUUAAAUAUAGCAGCCCCGACCAACCAGAGACUGGAGGCUGGCAAUUGUGGCUCCAAAGUUACUGUUUAUAGAUGUUUUUCAAACAGACACUUUCUGACUUUGAGGCGAGGUCUAUUUGAGAGCAUGUAUGAAUGGAUAUAGCAGGGGACAGAGCAGAGCAAUAGGGUUGUUGAUGUCAUCUGUUAGGUUGAGGUCGCAUCUGUGGGUAUCUCUGCUCAGUUUGGGGCUACAUUAGUUCAAGUCCCAUGAGGUUUUUUAAAAACUUUUUUCUGGGAGGUUUAUUUAAAUAGAAGGUCAUUGAAACUUUUAGUUGGUGUUUGUGUGAUCUGUUAUGUAUGCUGUAUUAUUUUUUUACGUGUGUGUGUGUGUGUGUUCACAUGUACUCUAUGUGUGUACAUCAUAGCAGUCUGGUGGGAGGAGCUAUAGGAGGACGGGCUCACUGUAAUGGCUGGAGCUGAAUAAAUGGCCAAACACAAACACAUGGAAACCACGUGUUUGACUCCGUUCCAUUUAUUCCAAUCCAGCCAUUACAAUAAGACCAUCCUCCUAUAGCUCUUCCCACCAGCCUCCUCUGGUGUACAUCUGCCUGUGUAUAUGCUGUAUCCACACACUCUCCCAUUAUAUUUGUCUAUCGCUCCCAACAGGCCUAAGAAGAGCAUCUGGCAUGGCUCCAAUACGUUUGGCAACAUGGCGGUAGACCGGUCCUGCGAGUCGUGGCGGGUCAACGACAUUUCCAUCGUGGGCCAGUCGUCCAAUUUGUCCUCAGGCUCCCUUCUAGGACAGCAAACAAGCAGCUGCUCCAACGAGUUAAUUAUUCUCUGCAUCGAGACCAUAGAGCACGUUUAAUAGACCUUUAACAGUCUCUACCACUCCUGCCCCCCCAUUCCUCCAUCCACCCAUCCAUCCACUGUCAUCUUAACACUCUGGAAAGGUGUAAAUACAUGAUCAUUGCUUUAUGAACAUGUCGUCAUCGUCAUCAACUUAUUCCUCUCCCAUCCUCUGAUUGGUUGGUUGAUUGACUGAGAUGGUGCUAAAGUGGGGAUACUGUCUGUCAGACCAGCUCCAAAUCAUGGCUUUGCAGAGUUUUUUAAACCAACUUUCAAAUCACAACUGUCAACUUUCAAGAUUCUUUCUCACUAAAGAUAUUUCUCCUAGUCAAAAUGUCACCUUUUGUCUUCCAGUGAUUGGUCGUGUUUACAGGUUGUCCUAUUAGGUCAUUCUAUAAGAGAUGUUUACUCCAUUAGACCACGGCCAAUACCACAUUUCACAUAACAUAACGUCCAUAUUCCAACAAGGGAACAACCAGUAUUGCCACCAAAUAAAUUUUGAUGCACUGUAUUAGAUUUGUUUUAUACUUUUGUCACUUCAUAUCCAUGAAGAUUGUCUUUCAGUUGUUUAAAUACAUUUUAUACACAUUUCUCAUUUGAGCAACAAUUUCUCGUAGUAUUUAAUUUAAAUUCAAUGUUUUAUUUAUACCUUGACCGCACAUAACAUGAAUGAGUCAAAUGAUUAAGGUUAAGUAUGUAAUUUAUAGUUUGUUUGUCAAAGUGACUGUUUCAGUUUUUUGCCUUUUUGGAAAUGUGUAGUUUUUGUACAGCAUUCCUUUUAUUGCGCUAGAAUUUUGAUUUGAUAGGUAACUAGUUAGAUUCAACAUAAAUUCCACCCAUCAUAUAGAAAUUCCCCACAAAAAAUGACAACUCUUAUGGAAUUUUUAUACAACAGAGAUUUGAUCAGUAUGUGAGAGUAUGUUUUAUACAAUAAUUGGUGCUUAUUGAAUAAAAAUGUUUUCUUUUUCUUAAUAAUA